GGAAGGUUUGAAAUUACAUCUUUCAUAUGCUCGUGGCUUGUCUAUGAAAUUCUGAAACAAACAAAUGGAGCAAGAGAAGGGGAAGAACAUAGGAACCGAAGAGCGAUGGAGAGGUGCCAUUGUAAAUCUGACGGAGAUGACUUCCAAUUUGGAGUCUCUCCAAAAACUCCUUCUCAAGAAAGCUGUUUUUGUCGAUGAAGAGACCUUCGCCAAAGCCUCUCUCACCUCUGAACAAGCUCGAACCAUCAAAGUUCUUGAGCAAAGAGUAGAAACUCUGGAAAGAGAGUUAGAUGCUGCCAUUACAGCUGCUGCUCAUGCUCGUUCAGAGAAAAGACAGGCUGAGUCAGCACAGAAGGCUGCUGAAUUACGUGCACAAGAGAUCACAAGAGAGCUUGAGAAUACAACAAAGGUUUUCGAAUUACAUACAGAAGAGUUGCGGGCAAAGCAAGAAGAAAUCUCAAAGCGUGAUAAUGAAAUUAAGCUCCUGGAAGCUAUAAUUCAGACACUCGGUGGAAGAGAGUCACUCUCAAGUAGGUAAAAACUUGCCUUGCACUUGUUGCUGCAUUAUAUUUUGUUCCACAAAUCUUUUAUUUAUAGUGUUUGUCAACUGUGUUUCUUACCUGUAAUGAAAAUUUUUUCCUGAUUUCUUUUUAUUUGUAUAAAUGUACAAACUUGAAUGGAAAAUUCUCUGGGAAGUGAAAAGAGAGAAAGAAAGAAGAAACAGAGAGGAAACAAGGGAGAGAAGCAAAACUUUAAAUUUAUGAUUAUAUAUAUAAUUAGUCUUUUAUUAUUAUUUA